GCCUCUUGCUGUUAAACAGACCGUUAACCCCAAGCGAUGAGGGCCACGUUCAAUCUCCCGGGUCCAUGAGAGGGGUUGCGCGAGUCGAGACAUAAAAGGCCGCUCCCCCCCUCGCUCAAUCCGUGAUACCUAUCCAUCGCCCAUCAUCAUCAUGUUCUCAAAGACCCUUCGAAGAGCUGCGGGGCUCAUCGCCUUGCUGAACCUAGUCCCCGGAUCAUCUGCAUCCCCCAUCUCUCCAGGCUCAACCCUGGAAGAAGGACUUCUUGUCCAGACCUCCAGCGGUCCAGUUCAAGGCUUCGUCAAUCUCACCACCCCAGAUGUCCGUCAAUUCCUGGGUGUUCCAUUUGCAGAGCCUCCAGUAGGGGACCUUCGGUUCGCCAAACCCGUACCGAAGCAGCCUAAUGGCACGGUCAAUGCUUUUGCACUCCCCUCCUCCUGCAUGCAACAGACUAGCAACAGCUCUACGAUCUACACGGCGUAUGAGACUGGGUUUCUGAUCAGCGGAGGGGACUCGGAAGAUUGCCUCUACCUCUCCAUCUGGGCUCCGUCGGUGGAGAAGAUCCGCGCUCAGCAGCGCCCGUUGCCGGUGCUGCUCUAUGUCCCUGGAGGAGGGUUCACGAGUGGAGGGCAGGCUUCCCUAUACAAGAUCCCGGAUAACUGGGUGCAACGGACCCAGGCACACAUUGUGGUUAUUAUGAACUAUCGUGUCAAUGUCUUUGGAUUUCCGAAUGCUGAGGGGCUGGAGAAUCAAAAUGCGGGGCUGCUCGAUCAGCGAUUGGCCGUGGAGUGGGUACACGACAACAUCGCCAACUUUGGCGGAGACCCUGAUCGAAUCACGCUCUGGGGCCAGUCCGCCGGUGGAGGCAGUGUCUCGCUCUACACCUACUCCUACCCCGAUGAUCCCAUAGUGGCCGCAAUCUCUGCCGACUCUGGUGCUCCUGGCAUCGUAGGUUUCUCGGAUUAUACCCACAGCAACUUUACGUUCUUGGCAGGUCUCGUCGGCUGCGGUGGACUGAACAGCUCUGCCGAGCUCAGCUGCGUACGUAAAGUGCCCGCACGAACUCUGGAGACCGCCCUGUCCACGUACUCCGGCACACCCUCCAUCUCCUUCAAGCCCUCCGUCGACAACGUCACCGUCUUUGCAAAUUGGACCCAACGGGCGCUCGAGGGCCAGGUGGCCAAGAUCCCCAUGAUCAUCGGCAGCAACACCAAUGAAGGCGCCGGCUUCGUCUCGUUCACGCCCAACGGGCCCGGCGCCGCAACCCUCUUCAAACUCACCGAAUCGAUCAUCGCCUGCUCCGUGGCCCAGGAGGUCAAGAACCGCAACUUGGCCAACCUCCCCACCUACCGCUACCAGUACGCCGGCAACUUCUCCAACAUCUCGCCCCUUCCCUGGUUCGGCGCCUACCACAGCUCCGAGCUGCCGAUCCUGUUUGGCACCCACUUUCAGUACGGGGGCCCCUCCACGCAGUUCGAGUGGGACGUCAGCUACGCGAUGGAGGCGCUAUGGCUGUCCUUUGCGGAGGAUCCCGCCCGGGGUCCGGCCCGGCUGGCCAUCGAGGGGGCGGCGCUGAACCCGAAUAACCAAAGUUUAUUCCACUGGCCCAAGUUUGAGCAGGGGUCGGACAAUAUGUUGUUGUUUGCGGAGGAUGGAGUGCUGAUGCAACUGGUUUCUUCGGAGCGGAUUGAUGGUAAUUGUACGGGGUUGUGAAUUUUCUGGUUGUGAAUGUGAAA